AUGAAUAAAGGGAUCAAGCUGAGUUGGUUUAAUAAGGAACAUUAAAUUCUGAUGUACUUGCUUUCUGUAAGAAAUAAAAUCAUUCUGAAUGAAAAUAAGAAUACAACACAAAAAAACAUAACAUAAAAUGAAUUCUAGAAGAAACCUUAGAAACUUAUGUGA